GACGUCGGGGAGCGCGGUCCGCUCUUCAGACACGAGCAGCGCGUUUUUCACCUGCGAAGACAUCCACACCAGCGCACACCCGCCAACUAUUUUUACACCUGGAUUAAUAUUACAACAGAAGCGUAAUUGUAAUUCCGUUUAGAUUAUUGACCAGUGCGGGUGGAUGCGUGCGCGAUUAAUUCUCCGGCGAAGAGGUGUGCGGUGUUUGUGUGCGUUUCGUGCACCGAGCGCGGCGCGUACACGCGGUCUGAUUUUCAACUAGGAUUUUAAAGUUGAACGUCCGAACAAUGGUGCAAACGCUGUGUAUUGUUCGAAAUCGGCGCUGCCGCACCAACACCGGCGGCGAUUCUCAGCCAUUAAUUAAUUACUAAGCGCAACUAAAUCAAAAGUUGAAAGAAAUCAACAAUUUAGACAAUUAAUCAUCGUUAUUCCUCUACAGAAAUCAAGGGAGAAAGAAAAUGGAAUGCUUCUGCACGAAACCACGCGCUGUCACAUGCAAGAUCGUCCUGCUGGACGAGCAAGAGCUCGUGCACGAGAUUCAGGAUAAUUCGGCCGGGCAGUUAUUAUUGGACGUAGUCACGAAACACCUCAACUUACUCGAAACAGCCUACUUCGGCCUACGCUACCUGGACCCGGACGGACAAACGCACUGGCUGGAUCCGUCGAAGAAGCUCUCGAAGCAGCUGAAAGGCGACGCCGACAACACGCCGGUGACGUUCUACUUCGGCGUCAAGUUCUACGCGGCCGAUCCAUGCAAACUCCUCGAAGAGAUCACCAGGUACCAAUUCUUCCUGCAAGUGAAGCAGGACAUUCUUCAGGGCCGCCUACCGGUGUCCUUCGAGUUGGCAGCUGAGUUAGGCGCAUCAGUUGUUCAAUCCGAAUUGGGUGAUUAUGAUUCGCGACGCCAUAUGCCCGGCUACGUGUCCGAAUUCCGCCUGCUGACGAACCAAUCCAUCGAGUUAGAGAACAAAAUCUCCGAUCUGCACAAGACGCUUGUAGGGCAAUUACCUUCGGUAGCGGAACUAAGCUAUCUCGAUAAAGUCAAAUGGCUCGACAUGUACGGCGUCGACCUGCAUCCAGUUCUGGGCGAGGACAAUGUGGAGUACUUCCUGGGCCUGACACCGAGUGGUAUCAUCGUGCUGAGGAACAAGAACACCGUGGGGAACUAUUACUGGCCGCGCAUUUCCAAGAUCUACUUCAAGGGACGCUAUUUUAUGCUGCGCGUCACGGAUAAAAACAAUGAUGAAAGUACGUAUGGGUUUGAGACACCGUCAAAGUCGGCGUGUAAACACCUCUGGAAGUGUUGUAUUGAACACCAUGCGUUUUUCCGGUUAGUGCAGGUGUCGCCAACAUCUCCAGAUAUUUUUGCUUUAAGCUCACGUUUUCGAUACAGCGGGCGGACAGAAAAGCAGGCGGUGCGUGAUGCCCAGAUAAAGGUGCGCACUCCGCCUUCGUUCCUUCGCGUCUCGUCGCGACGCUACCAGCGACGCGCCGGCGACGCCGCCACUGAUCCAACACCAGCGGACAAACCCAUCGAGCACCAUCAGCCGGGCGAAGUCAAAUACGUGUCUGUUCCGCAACCGGCUCAUUUGGAGCAAGCCCCGCAGCCGAAAUCCUGCUACACGCCUAUGUUCGCAACCAAGGCGCCGGAUUCGCCACGUAGUACACGAAGCGCACCGUGGACGCAACCGCAUUCCAGAGGGUUGUACAACACUUCGCUUCCGCCCAGUCCACGAUCGGUGCGGUCGGCCGGACCCAGGUAUCGCUCCUCGUCGGUUGAUAGUCAGAGUUCAAAUGAGUCACGUUCGUGCAAACGUAAAAAACAUCUGAGUCGGAUCACUUCGGAUAAUGAAAGUGAAUUAUCGAAGAGUUCGGGACGCUCACAUCGGAAACAUCGUAGACAUCGAUCGAGAAAUCGUAGAGAUUCAGGUUCGGAACAUGAAAAUCAGUCGCAUUCGUCACACAGAAGGAAGUCGCAGAGUCGUAGUCGUAAACCGGAACGCAGUGACAGCCAUUACGAGCUGGUUGACUCCGAAUCUCAAUGGAAGGCGGUGCAACAGGCACAACAACGGAAACAACAAACUGAAGGCCAGCAGACGAAUGUACAACGCGCGAAUGUUGUACGAAAUCGCCGGAAUUAUCAAGCUGUAGGUGCGGGUGUUCCAAUUAAUAGUGGUUUUCCCGGAAACCCGGAAAAUGAAUUGGACCAAGUGAAUAAUAAUCCUAGCCUACCUCCAGCGAGUAAUGAUGGUACAAUUGGCAGUGCUAGAGGGCGUAAAACACGCGCGGCGAAACCCACCGACGGAAAUAAAUGGCUGUCGGAUGAACUGCGCAAACAUUUGGAGUUUAAACUCAUCGACACUACCGGAAUGAGUGAUUCCCAGCUGAGGGAGAUUCCCUACACGGUGGUGCAGACUAAUCAUGCCAAGGCAAUGAAAAUUAAAGCAUCACAGCAUAAAACCGAAUUUCCGCAAAUUCGUGAUUUAAAGCAAACCGAACGAAACGAGAGUCCCCCACCCCCAUACACACCACAUGGGAUGGAAAACCGCCGCGCUGGCAUCAAGACAAGCUACAAACCGGAAAACGAUCCAAUCGCAAUGAGCAUGUUACCUCGCAUUGAUCAACUGAGCAUCGAGGCGGGAGCAAUGAGCCAAAUGCCUAAAUCCGGCCUGUACGCACCGUCGAAUCCUUUCAGCAAUGGCAAUAAUUUAAUUAAUUUAGGCAAUCAUAACGAUAACGGACUGCCGCGCGUCAUCCAUCAUGAGCAUUCCGAUUCAGGACUGGGAGGCGAACAGGAUGAUAGAAAUGGCAAUCCGAAACAUUUACAUGAAGCUAGGAAGUCCACUAUGGGUCACAGAUGGCAAAGUGGGCGUAAUCGGCACGCUGCUGCCGCCGCCACUACCGCCACCGCUCAUAUCGCUAAAACCCCACUGUCUUCGCUCUGUAACGACUCUCGCUCGGUCAGCUUGGAAUACGUACUAACUCCUCUAAUACGCAGCUAUCAGUGUCACAGGCAAGUGGAGAUGCCUCCGCUGCAGCCCCCGCGUCCACCAUCGCUGCACUCGGAACAGGAUCGCCGGUCGCGAACAAGAGAACGCCGGGAUUACAGGCCAGCCCAUCGGGAGUAUCGCCGGUGAAGCACGCCACUUGCGCAGCGGAAAUGAGCACCGAGCUGUGAACUCAACCUUCAACUUUGAUACGGUGCGCAUGCGUUGCCAACUUUUGACACUCUUUGACACAUCUAGUGCAAUUUUAAAGAAAUAAGAAUAUAAACUGAUUAUAAACUAAUUUACAAUAUGUACUUAGGUUGCGUUGGUGUUGUGUAUCUCGAUAACUUUCGAAAAGCGUCGAUUUGAGGUUAAAUUAACUGACAUAUCAGUAUUUUACUAGUAGUGGUCUUCCGCCUCGCAGCCGCAUUCCAUGACAUUUGAUGAUAUUCAUAUUUAUUUUUAGUAAGUUAUGUACAAGACCAAAAAAUGUAUGCGCGUUGUAUUCCUUAGAACAUACCUUUUUGACCGAGACGGUGAAAUUCCAAGUGAAUGUACAUUGUUUUCCAUUUUUGUGUGUAAUGCGAACGAUGCAAUAUAUUUUUACCCAGUAAUUGAUUAAAAUUAAUUUCACGCAUAUUAUCACUUCAUUGUUCCACUCUCUAAACGUAAAUACUUUGAAACGUGGCCUAACUAAACGAUGAAUAACAAUUUUUACAAGUAUAGCACUACGGAACGCAAUCGUAAUAGAAAAAAAAAAACAUCUCGAAUGCCGAGAAGAAAUUUGAAGCUUUGCGCAUCGCCACCGUUCCCGAUUAAUCUCGAUAAUUCGUGUAUAAAAACAAGUUAUGUACAAAUUUAUAUGCAUUAACAAUAGUUAAGAUUAUUUAUCUUACGACACUGGCGUUUAUCCGUUAAUACCGCGCUCGGCGAGAGUGCGUUACAUUAUACUUGCAUGUAUCACAUACAUGUCUUCAAUAUUUAUUUAUUUAUUUAUCCUUAUUCGCUAAGAUUCUUUGCGUCUUCUGCUAUCCUCUAUCAUCGGGUAAAUAUUUCACACGAGUGAUGUUUCCGUUUGCGCUCGCUCAACGUUUAUCAUAUAAAUGUUUUCGUGUUUUUCCUGUUUUUUUUUGAAUGGUCGUGAAUUGUUUGCACUGUGCGCGACUGCACGUCGCGUCGUAAAUACUGAAAUCGUCCACCUUGGCGAGCGUGCGCAGCGUAUUUACUUGGUGAAUGUGCCGAAAACGGCCCACAGCACCUCGUUGGUGUUGGGCUUGGUAGCCUCCUGCUCAAAGUCGAGGUCCAGCAGCUCACGGACGCGCUUCAUCGCCAGCUCGUAGUCGUCGUCGUUGAGCGGCGCGAAUGCAUUCUCCAGGACAUCGCUGGCGUGCGCGAGGAAGAUGAGCGCUAGCGUGCGUUGGUCCAUUCGUUGUGGAUCGUUCACCCAUCGACUUAGAACAGCGUCUUGUAUCUAUAGAGAAAAUAAAUCAUAAAAUAUUA